GUCACUCGGCAGUGUAUUGACACGAUAUCAAUUAUAGAAACCUUAUGGAGAAAGACGACGACCAUUCGAAUGCGCUGCAAAAUUCUCAGUUUGACAUUAGUGCAACGAUGGCAUCUUCUAGUGAGACUAUAGUGUUUGAUAGCAAAUUAAUAAAAACUUCCACGCAAGUUGAUGAUUUCGCGGCCACGUGGGGUGGAAGGUCAUCGCUGCCAGACUCGGGAAGAUUAAGAAGAGCCCAGUCUUGGUCAGCGGGACCCCCCGAUGACGUCACUUCAGAAAUAAGGAUUUUACGCGAACGCUUAGUUCGGACUCAGACCAAACUACAUCCAGGAGCCAUACGGAACUUUACUUAUAGACAACGACUGACAUUAUUCUCCUUGGCACUUGUGGACUUCAUGAGUUUCUGUUCAAUGAGUAUCAUGGCACCAUUCUUCCCUCGAGAAGCUUCAAUCAAGGGCCUGUCUGCUACUAUGUGUGGAAUGGUGUUUAGUUUCUACGCAGUCAUCAUGUUUAUAACAUCGCCAUUGUUCGGAAAAUAUCUACCAAUACUUGGAGUGAAGUUUAUGUUCACAGCGGGGAUGUUUAUGGCUGGCGGAUGUAAUGUGAUAUUUGGGACGCUCGUGCUAAUAGAAGACACAAACACCUUCACAAUUCUCUGCUUCAUCAUACGUGGGAUGGAAGCGUUAGGGGCAAGUGCCUAUUCCACCGCGAGCUACGUUUACGUGGUGAAUGUGUUCCCAGAUAAUAUUGGCUCUGUGCUGGGAAUACUGGAGACAUUUGUGGGACUCGGCAUGUCCGUGGGACCAGCGAUUGGAGGGCUGCUGUAUUCGAUCGGGGGAUUUGGAGUCCCGUUCUACAGUCUUGGGAUUGUCAUGAUCAUCGUGGUGCCAAUUAACAUGAUCUUGCUUCCGGAUUGCGAAGAGUACGUUUCCGGUUCUAAGACUGCUUCAAUACUACGUCUCUUCAAGAUUCCAUCAAUUAUAAUAACGGGGUUCGUUAUAGUAAUAGUGUCCAACACCUGGGCGUUUCUCGAUCCGACACUGGAGCCCCAUCUGCGUCAGUUCAACUUGUCAACGCGCCAAAUCGGCCUGAUUUUCUUGCUUUUCUCCAGUUUGUAUGGAAUAUUCAGUCCCAUUUGGGGAUGGGUUGCCGAUCGAGUUCACAAUCACUGGUGUAUGAUGGUUUGGGGAUUGUUCCUCUCUACUGUCGGGCUCCUGCUUCUAGGACCAUGUCCAUUUAUACCCGGCCUGCCAGAGGAUCUGUGGCUUGAUCUCAUCGCGUUAUGUAUUCUGGGGGUUUCAGUUUCAUUAACGCUGUUACCCACAUUUCAGGGUGUUUUAACCAGUUCUAUAUAUGAGGGGGGCUGCCCAGAAGCCUUGGCUACAUACAGCGCGGUGGCCGGAGUUUGGUCUUGCUGCUAUUCUCUGGGAGAAGUCCUGGGACCAGCUGUCGGAGGGGCGUUAGCAGAACGUUACGGGUUCCCGUUUUGUGCGACGCUGUGUGCAGCCGCUUGUUUUACCAUGGGAGUAGUCACGUUAACCUUCUUCACUUUACGAGAAUCAACAAAAUGGAUAGAAGAAAUUGAUACAAUGUCGGACUCUAUACCGUAUACAGACUCAACGUGGACUAGCAACAACUUUAUAAGAACUCACAGCGCUCCACCCAGCAACUACGAAUAUUCACCCUUGGUCACAACUUGCUCAUGUUCUCUUCAAAAAAAUGGUUUUAAAAGCUACGGCGCGACUUCUCUUAAACUAUUUUGUCCAGUGCACAAAAUGGAUAAGAAGAGUGGGUCGGCCAGUGUUGCUGAAAUUGCAGCAUAUCUACUCAAAUUUCAAUUCAUAACCGACCUUUAUAUCAAGGUAUGGAAGUUCAAAAACAGAAAGAAGGCUAAACCUUUAGAGAAUGAGGAGCUUUAUCAAAACUAUAUAGAUGAAAAUGAAACAGUUAAAGAGAGCGAUGACAAAUUAUCAUCACAUGAAAAUAUUAAACUUGAAGAAAGCAAUAAAAGCGAAGAUGUUAAAUUUGAGCAAGCUGAAGACAAAUAUUGUUCUUUUAUAGACAACGCUAUAUUUGGUCCACCUUCUAAAAGGAAUGAUAGUGUAAUUGUGAAACGAAACAAUGCUGGAUUGGUUGCAAAGCUGGAAAACAACAAACAUGAGAGGUCAACUGACGAAAUAAUAAGACACAACCUUCACAAAGUGUUAUUUUAUGAGAAAAAUAGUCCCUGCUCAUCGACUGAAGAUAUAUUUGAUGGAUGUGAAUGCAAGGAUGGCUAUACUUACGUAAGAGGAACGGUAAUGGUUUCCUCAACAGGGGCCUGUGAAGUAUGAUUAGGUAUUAAAUGUAUUUCUAAAUUUUAAUGUCGAAUAAGUAGAUUUUAAUUGCUCUGUAAUUAAUUAAUUAUUUUCCUACUUUUUAUUAAAUGUACGAAUUGCGAAA